AAUUUCAACUCCCAUUUUAUGUGCUUUGCAGGUCGCGCGACGCAAUGGCGAUUUCUUCUGAACGACGUUUUUUACCGCGUUUAUGAGAAGAAUUGCAAUCUCAAUAAAUCACGGAAAGUAUCGGCCGUUUUCUCUUCCGAAAACGAUUAUAAAUGGUCUCUGAGUAUAUUUCUCUGCAAAUUUACAGUCUCGUUUGGAUUUAGGAUCGUACCACAUUGAUCUCCGGUAUAGUCGCUUUCUCCAAAUUCAUCACAGCUCAAUCCAUCAUUCAUCUCAAUUUCUGAAUCUCAGAUCCAAUUCUCUGCAAAUUAUCUCCAAAUUUAGUGAAAAUGUCCCAUAACGAUACAAUCCCUCUCCACCCAUCUUCUCAAUCCGACAUCGAUGAAAUCGAGAGCCUUAUUCAUGCCAGUGUUCAAUCUGCUUCCCUCCAAGGGCCUCAAACUGUUUUACCAGCAAGGCCACCAAGUCCUCCAAGGGCUUCAAUCCCAGUCUCUUCUUCUCCAUUUAUUGCAUCUUCGAUUCCUCCAGCUUAUCAUAAACCUGUAACUUCUUCUACACCUGUUCCUCCUGUGCCUUCUGAACCACCGGUGAGCUCAAAGCCGAGCAUUGGGUCAAAUGGAUUUGGUUCGUCAACGAACACUCUCACUGAGCCAGUUUGGGACACUGUGAAGAGAGAUAUGUCGAGAAUAGUGAGCAAUCUUAAGCUCGUGGUUUUUCCUAACCCAUAUCGUGAGGAUCCAGGAAAGGCUUUGAGAGAUUGGGAUCUUUGGGGUCCAUUUUUCUUCAUCAUCUUUCUUGGUCUUACUUUGUCUUGGUCUGCUUCGGUGAAGAAGUCUGAAGUUUUCGCUGUUGCUUUUGCUGUCCUUGCGGCUGGAGCCAUCAUUCUGACACUGAACGUGCUUCUCCUGGGUGGGCACAUAAUCUUCUUCCAGAGUCUCAGCCUUCUCGGUUACUGCCUCUUCCCUCUGGAUGUAGGAGCCGUAAUCUGCAUGCUUAAGGACAAUGUCAUAAUUAAGAUAAUCGUGGUUUUGAUCACAUUGGCUUGGAGUUCUUGGGCAGCUUACCCGUUCAUGAGUGCAGCUGUUGCCCCUAAAAGGAAAGCUCUUGCUCUAUACCCCGUCUUCCUCAUGUACAUCUCUGUUGGUUUUCUCAUUAUUGCCAUAGAUUAGAGAGACAGAAAGACAUGGGGUGAUCCCUUUUUUGGAUAUAACAAAAAACCUUAAAUAUAGCUAGUGGGAGUGGUUUACUCUUCUAUUCAUCUUGGCCAUAGGAGAUAUAGUUAUAAAGGUGUGUUUCUAUAGGUUGUGCUUAUUGAAGAUUUUAGAUGUGCCACAAUUGAAUAUUCUUCUCUAUUUUCCAACCUCGUUUUUGGAGGAUAAAUCUCAGCCCUUGUAUGUGUUGGUAAGUGA